CUCGCUCGUUAAGAAGUAGCGGACAGGGACGGUCUUGUUCAAUGUUUCACCACCGAGCAAAACUGAGCCUGCGCCCCCGAACCAAAUACCGCGCUUUCGACUGAGUGAAAGCCCGAGUGCUUCCUUCGCCGAAGUGUGGGAGAGGGCUCCAAAAGUAAAAUGAUCAACACGGGGGAGUGCGCGGUGGACGCGCAGAGCCUGAUCUCGAUCUCCUUGCGGAAGAUUCACAACUCGCGGACGCAGCGCGGAGGCAUCAAGCUGCACAAGAACCUUCUGGUGUCGUACGUGCUGAGGAACGCGCGCCAGGUCUACAUGAACGAAAAGUACGCGGAGAUCUACAGGAUGCAGCAGUACGAGGAGGUCAUGACCGUGUGCAACGAGAUCCAGGAGCUGAACCCGCUCGACGUGGCCGAGGACGCCGAGGAGGAGCCGAGCUGCUGCGGCGUGGCGAGCCCUGCACCCAGCCUCUGCGCUGCGCUCUCGCCGGUCGGCCCGCGCUCUCCACAGCCGCCGCCGGGCGCGUGCUCCGCGUCUCUCGUUCUCCAGGUCGAGGAGGAAGAGGACGAGGAUUCGUCCUGUAAGCAUUCGGACGCUGUGUUCUACCGCAGUUGCUGCGUGGAGGCGUGCGCCGUGGCGCCGAGCUGCGAUUUCUCGCCGUCGGGCGGCGUGCACUGCAGCAAGACCACCGUGCUGGACCUGGACACGCACGUCGUGACCACGGUGGAGAACGGCUGCCUGCAUCAGGACUGCUGCGCGCCGCUGGCACCGUGCUGUCUGAGCGCGCACGGCCCGGUCAGGAAGCGCAAAAUGGACUUCGGCUACUACGCGCCCGAGCUGGAGGAGACGCCGGAGUUCGCGCCGUGCAAGCGCCAGAAGUUGGAGGAGUGCGCGUACGCGGGCAGCGCAGAGCCGCUGGAGGCGUGUAACAUCUCCAAUCUGAUCUCCAUCUUCGGCUCGGGGUUUUCGGGGCUUGUGAGCCGGCAGGCGGACUUAGAGCAAGCGCUCAACGGACAGUUCUGCAGCAAGCAGGCGCUGGCGAGUUUAGGGGCAUGGACGAGAGCCAUCGUAGCUUUUUGACCCUGUGGUAAAGAAAUAGACUCAAAUCCUUUAUGAUGAAAAAACUGUACAAAGCCUGAGACUUUAUUUUUGCAACAGAACGUUAUUUAAAACACUCGAGUUAUGUUUGUUUUCGUUUUCGUUCGUUUGUGGGGAGGCGCGGAGUGGACGCCUGCCUGCCACUUCUGUGGUGUGUGUGUGUGCGUGUAUGUGUGUGUGUGUGUGCGCGCGCGUGUGUGUAUGUCCUUCUACACCGACAACGUUGACAUCGCGAACAUUUUGUUGCUGAAAUGAUCUCAACGAAUUUCGUUGCCUUAAAAACCCAACGCGGAACUGCUAGCUAGCUCUCACCACGAACAUGGCAGGUUUCUGAAUGUUUUAUUUUUUUUCUUGUUUUCUUUUUCUUUCUUUUUUUUGCUCGUGGGUUGUUUUGCUUCUUGAGUUGUUUCAUAAGCAACUUCACAAAGAUGUCUUGUAAAAUAACAUUACCCGCGUAAUGUUUGAAAUAACACAAACAGAUCAUCCUAACAGUCACGAUAUCCUGCUUCUUAUACUUUGUUUUAACAUCUUCUGUUGAUGAAAUGGCUUCAGGCAGAAAGACGAGCUGAACUGCUUACAGGAACACCAUGUGAGGAUAGAUGGAGGGACUGGCAUGUUUCUGACUACACCUUUAAUAUCACGCGAGGCAAUCAUGUAGGCUAAAGAAGGUGCAAUAUUUUACACUCCUCUCUCUGGUUUGUUGUCUUUUGUGUUUUGAAGUGGCAAUACCUGGUGUAUUUUGUUUACUGCACUGACUUGCAGUUCCAGUGUGUUUGUAGUCCCAUCUAUGCCAGUCCACUCAUCUCAAUCAACCUUGGUGUUAAUUAACACCACAACUCCCAGAAUGCACGGCGUGAUGGAACCAGCCAGGCAUCUUUAUUUUUGUUGUUGUUGACAAAAUUUGGCGUCACAAAUUUCCCUCCUUUUCCUCUCCCUCUCAAAAAAAAAGUUCACAGUAAUUCAUGAUGCCAGCAUUUGCUUGGUUUUGUGGGUUUGAUUUUUAUUUUCUACAAUGUUAGACCUUUUGUUCUAAAAAGGCAAUCUCAUAAGUUAGCCAUAAGUCCUCACAUUAUAUAAGCACUAUGUGUACUGAAUUAAAGACGUUUUCAGACGUACUCUCCAUAUUUUGUUGGUAUUCUUGUAUUUUUGUGCAUAUUAAAUUGUAUAUCACCGGGUAAAACUGUUUUAGAAAGUAUUUGUUUAAAAUUUAUAACCUUAAUAAAAAAUGAAAAUCA